AUGAAUUUAUUUAAAAUUAAAAUAUUCUCAAUUUUAAUAUUCUUUUGCUUUAAUUUAAUUUUGGGGCAAAUAAUAAAUAAAAAUGGGAAAGACGACGAAAUUACUCAAAGAUUUCCUAAACAAAAUUUUAAUAUUAAUUUUAAACAUUAUUCGGGUUAUCUUCAAGUCUCAAAAACUAAAUUCCUCCAUUAUAUUUUCGCAAAAUCACAAAAUAACCCGGACAAGGAUCCUUUGGUCUUAUGGUUAAAUGGUGGCCCUGGAUGUUCUUCACUUCUUGGUCUAUUUACUGAAUUAGGCCCUUAUUUACUUUCAGAAGAUGGUUCUAAAUUAAUUAAAAAUCCUCAUGCCUGGAAUAACAAUGCUAAUGUUUUGUUUCUUGAAUCCCCUGCGGGGGUUGGAUAUUCUUAUUCAACUGAUGGAAAUCUUACUACUAAUGAUGAUGAAACAGCAAAUUACAACUAUGAAGCCUUAAAACAAUUUUUCAACAAAUUUCCUGACUUUAAAGGACGCCCAACAAUCAUAAGUGGUGAAUCCUAUGCUGGUGUCUAUUUGCCAAUGUUGGCUAAUGUAAUUAUUAAUGGACAAAAAAAUUAUCCUAUAAAUUUGAAAGGAGUGUUAAUUGGAAACGGAUAUUUAAGUCGAACUUUAAAUAUAAAUACAAUGCUAAUUUAUGCUCGCGGUCAUGCCUUUGUAGAUGAGGGAUUAUGGCAAUCUUAUAGUAAAGAAUGCUGUAAUGGAUGUAUUGAUACUUGUGACAUUUGGGCAUAUGUUAUUAACAGAAAUACAACAUGUUAUAAUCAUACUGUUGCGAUUUUUGAUCAAUUUUCUAAUUGUAUAUCGAAUGGUUAUGACAUUUAUCUAAACUGUGGUAUGUCAACAAAAUCAUCACAAUCCUUAGAAAAUAAUAGAUUGCUUAGAUUAUUUUCUCGAACACCUUUUAUGUUAAAAACACUGGGGAGUCUUUUACUUGAAGUAUGUUUUAUUUGGAUUUGUAGCAAGGAUGAGUCGGGUUGA